AUGUGGCCGCCGCCGUUCGCGCCGGGCGACGUCUGCGUCACGGUGUCGGAGGUCACCGUGCGCGUAGGCGAGGAGACGAGCAGCGACAUCAUCGAGGAGUUUCUGCCGCAGGGCACCGAGCUGGAGGUGAUCCGCAUCGGCAAGGGCCGGCGCAUCCAGGUCCGCAGCACCACGCUGUUGGGCUGGAUCAGCUUCGAGACGAUCGAUGGCGACCAGCUGGUCGAGAAGUUGACCGCGUGGAGCUCGGAACGGCCGGGAGAGAGCUUCUACGCAGACGAGGCUGGUGGCAGCCCCCCGAUGCUUGGCCGCUACAGCGACGGCAUCUCGUUUGCCCUCCCCUCUCCAUUCGCCAUCUCUCGACAGACCUCACGUCGACGGCCACGCGGCCUCGCCCCUCUACGACGAGGAAGAGAGCCGGCGGCAGGUCUGGGCGACACCCCAGCAGGCGCCUCCGCACCGCCGCUCCGUGGCGCCGCCGUCGGGCACGCCCCGCGUGCAUUGGCCCGGGACGCCUGGGACGCCGCAGGCUCGGCGUCGGGCUCCAUGUCGGCGCGCUCGAUGGCAAGCAGCCUGCUGUCGCCCGGUAAUAGCCCCAGAGACUCCGACUACAGCCAGCCGGCCAGCGCGCGUGGGGGCUACAUGGACCCGGCGGCGAAGGAGCGCGCCAGAGAGCGCGCCAGGGCCCGCGUGCGCGAGGGCAUCACCCGCCAGCGGAGGCAGCGGGAGGCCAGGGCGCAGAUGCAGCUGCUCACGCAGGUGCGCGUCUUUGCCCCGGUGCCCGAGCAGACCGCUCGGGCGAGCGCCGCAGCGCCUGGCCGGGCGGAGGGCGAGCAGGAGCACGCGGAGAGCGGAGCCGGUGCGGGGGCAGCAGCGGGCGCUCCCGCGGAGUGGGUCCGGCGCGCCCGCAGCGCGUCGUCGGUCGUGGCCCGGCGUCUCACGCCCGGCCAGGCGCCAGAGCCGCCCGGGGGGGCGCCGCCGCCCGCCGGCGGGCCGGAGCGCGGCUGCUGCGGAGGCCCGCUGGGCCGGCUCUGCUUCUGCACGCUGCUGGGCCUCUCCGCCGGCGCCUCUGCGUGGUGGCAGGGCGCCGCUGGGCAGCUGCACCCUGGCAAGCACACUCGGCCGCCGGCGCCGCCUUCCACGCCGUCGCCGACGUUGACCUCGACGACCACGUCUGGGAAGCCCCACACCCUCAGCGAGGCCUUGCACGAGCUGCGGGCGCAGCUGGCCAGCGCCCGCGCCGCGGCAGAGGAGGAGGAGGCCCAGGCCAGCGCGAUGCUGCACAAGGCCACCGCCGAGGCAGAGGAGCUGCGAAGCUCACGGCUCCAGCUCGGGGCCGCCAAGAUCGCGCUCCAGGAUGCCGAGCUCAAGAAGCUGGCCCUGCUGCGGCGCCUCCAGGCGGCCCGGGGCGAGGCGCGGCGGCGGGCCGGCCUCCUGGGGGCGCUGGGCGAGCUGCCGUUCCAGCGGGUCGUGGCGCUGGCCUGGGCGGCCCUGGGGGCCAGGGGCAUCUGUGGCCAGAGUGACUUCUCGCAGGCGUUCAACCUGGCAUCGACGAGCAUCGCAGGCAGCCUGCUGUUGGUGUCGUGCCUCGGCUACUUCUUGGCGUCGCGGAGCGCCCUGUACAGCGACGCCGUGCAGGCCGUGCUGGCUGGCCGCGCGCCGCUGGUGCUGUACCUGGUCUGGUCGUCGCUGCUGGCGCUGGCGCUGCUGCGCUGGUACACAGGCUACAGGGUGUGCUGGGUGGCCUACGUGGACGAGGUCGUCAUGACCGACGACGGGGGCGUCGUGGGGAUGCGCAACGACCUCCCGACGGGGCUCCGCAGCCCGCUGCUGCGCGCCCCCGCCCCGAAGACCGACACCGCCGACCAGCAGGCAGCCCGCGCCGCUUCCGCGCGAACCUCCGUGCGGGACGCGGUGAUCUGA